UGGGCCCGGCGGAGAGCGGCGGAGCCGGCCCCGGUCCCGGUCCCGGUCCAGCCAUGGCGGCGGGGCCCCCCGGCGGCAGCCUCCGCUUCUUCCUCCUCUUCCUCCUCCUCCUCUCGCUGCUCUGCCUGCGCGGCCGCGGGCAGAGCUUCGGGCAGACGCGGUUCAUCUGCACCUCGGUGCCGCUGGACGGGGACAUGUGCGCUGCCACCGCGCCGGGCACCGGCUCCGCCGAGGAGCUGAAAAGUACGGUGCUGCAACUGCGGGAAACGGUGCUGCAGCAGAAGGAGACCAUCAUGAACCAGAAGGAGACCAUCCGUGAGCUGACGGCCAAACUGGGCCGCUGCGAGAGCCAGAGCGUGCUGGAGGGGCUGCCCGGCGAGGCCAAGGGCGGGGGGGCCGGCAGGAAGGCCGGCUUCUCCAAAAACACCAUGGGGGACCUGUCGCGGGCGCCCGCCGCCGAGACCCUCAGCCAGCUGGGGCAGACGCUGCAGUCCCUCAAGACCAGGCUGGAGAACCUGGAGCAGUUCAGCAGGAUGAACUCCUCCAGCCAGACCAACAACCUGAAGGACAUCCUGCAGAACAAAAUCGACGACCUGGAGCGGCAGGUGCUGUCCCGGGUGAACAGCCUGGAGGAGGGGAAGUUCAACCCCAAGAACGAGUCCGAGGAGCGCGGCAAGAUCGAGAGCACCCUCACGUCGCUGCACCAGCGCAUCAGCGACCUGGAGAAAGGCCAGAAGGACAACCGGCCCCCGGACAGGUUCCAGCUCACCUUCCCGCUGCGCACCAACUACAUGUACGCCAAGGUGAAGAAGAGCCUGCCCGAGAUGUACGCCUUCAGCGUCUGCAUGUGGAUGAAGUCCAACGCCUCCCCUGGCAUGGGCACCCCCUUUUCCUAUGCUGUGCCCGGGCAGGCUAACGAGCUGGUGCUCAUUGAGUGGGGCAACAACCCUAUGGAGAUCCUCAUCAAUGACAAGGUGGCCAAACUGCCCUUUGUCAUCAACGACGGCAAGUGGCACCACAUCUGCGUCACCUGGACCACACGGGACGGCGUGUGGGAAGCCUACCAGGACGGCACGCAGACCGGCAGCGGCGAGAACCUGGCACCCUACCACCCCAUCAAGCCCCAGGGGGUCCUGGUCCUGGGGCAGGAGCAGGACACGCUGGGCGGCGGGUUCGACGCCACGCAAGCCUUCGUGGGGGAGCUGGCCCACUUCAACGUGUGGGACAGAAAGCUGAGCCCCGGGGAGGUGUACAGCCUGGCCACCUGCAGCACCAAGGCGCUCGCGGGCAACGUCAUCGCGUGGGCCGAGGCCAACAUCGACAUCUACGGCGGGGCCACCAAGUGGACUUUCGAGGCCUGUCGCCAGCUCAACUAGGGCCACGGACAAGCGAGAGAAACCUCAUCGGGUUCUUUUUUUCUUUUUUCUUCUUUUUUUUUUUUCCCCUCCUUUUUUUUUUUGUUUUUGUUUUUGCGCAAAAACAACCCAGAACGAAGCCACCCGUCUCAUCCCGAGGAGCGGGGAUGCCCCCGGCAGCGGGGCCACCCACCCCCGGAGCCCCACGACCCUCUGGUUUCUGUCUUGCCAACGUCCUUCAACGCCUGCGUGCCUUGGCCUGGCGCGGCUGCGCCCCCCUCCCGCCGUCCCCGUCCCCCCCCCAACCCCCCCACCGGGCCCGGCCACCCGCUUCGCCGCUGCCUCCCCCCGCCGGGACGGCCCCGCUUUCCCUGGGCACCGGCGCCUUAAAAGGCUGCGGGGCCCGGACUGGAGCCCCCCCCUUGGGGCUCUUCUCCCUCCAGCCUGAAACCCCCCCCGCCCGGGGGGGGUGGUACCCCCGGAGCUGGGGAAGGGUUGCAACAUCCCCCCCCCCCUCAGUUGCACUCCCACCUGGGAUGCAGUAGCAGCCGGGACUCCGAGGAGGGGGUGACCCCCCCUCCCCAGGUAAGGGAACCCCCCCCCCACCUUCCCAGGCGAGCCCCGUUGCCCCCUUCCCCGGCCGGCGCUGCUCCCGAGCACCACAGCCAUAGCCCCGGGCUGCGGUGGGCACCGGGACGGGACCCCCCCGGACGGGACACCCCCCCCCCCCCCGCCGCCGGCCCCGCUCCCCGACCUGCCGCACUCAGGUACGUCCCCCCGGCCCCACCGCCUGCAGCCCCCCAAGGCCUCCUACGCGCCGUAGCUGGUGAAAAAUAGCCUUUACCGUCCCCUGGAAGUUUAGCUACCACUGAAAAGUCUGAAGCCUUUCUGCUUUUGAUAAUACACUAUAUUAUUUCUCUUACUGUAAAGGGAAGUUUAUUACCAAUAAAAAAAAAAGGGUAUUUUUAUGAAGAUAAAAAAAAUAUAGAAUUAAGCAGUGCUCCCUGAGAAAAAAGUACUUUGAGAUUCUGCAGGAAAAAAAAGAGAUAAAGAAGCGUAUUUUGAAAUAAUAGAUGCAUUUUGUAUGGUUUGCUUUUCUAAACUCCUGGUUUGUACUACAGAUUGCAGAAAUCACCCCCCAGCCCCCCCCACUGACCCCCCGAGGGCUGCCCUGGGUGGCAGUGGAGGAUGAGGCAGAGAAUUCCUACAGGGCUCCAGAGCCUCCCUGACCGACUCCAAAGAUGUGGCAAAGAGACGUGCAGCGUGGAGGGGCCCCUACGGAGCCGGGCAAGGCCACGGCCGCCCCCGGCCGGGAGCACAGAGCUGGCCCAGCCACCGUCGCUUCGGGGAACCAGCGUCCAGCCGAAGAGCAGCACAUGCAGCGACACACAACCCCCGAGAUCGAAAUACCUUCGUACGAACUGUGGCUCAGGGCAGCAUAUUUUAAACUGUGCUCUUUUUAAAAAAAAAAAACCAAAAAAAACCCAACAAAAAACCACCAAACAAAAUCCAAAACCAUCGUGAGUUAAUUUAAGUUCCUCCUAAGAACCUGUUCACAUCAGCAAAGCGACAAGCACAACCUGCUGAGAAGAACAAGACCACUGAAAAGGUUUCACCUACAGUCCCAGGUGCGUCGGAUUUGCCAAAAAAUUAAAAGGGUGUGAUGUCAACACAAUGUAUAUAGUGUAUAGUAGGGGAGAGAAUAAACGUAUCUUAAUUUGUCAUUAUUUUGCUAACCAAAGCUGUACAUUUUUCCUGUUACUUGCUCUCUUUGUCUCCUUUGGGUUUUGAAUGGGUUACAAUAUACUACGCAUCCAGUCCGCAUCAGCAGUUCUGAAAAUGCACUGUUUCUACUGAUACUCAUGCUUUUUCCAUUUUAUUGCCGAGAUUACAUGAAUUGUUGACUUUAUUUUUACACAAUAAAGAGUGAAGAAAGACA